UGGUGCUCCGCAUUUGAGCAGUACGAAAGUAUUAAAGAUCUAGGUACUUUACACCGUGUAGAACACACAACGGGCUGUUCGUCCUCCGUGAAGCACACGCAGAGAGGACACAGAGAUCUCAACCACAGUUUGACGCAAUGGCUGAAUCAGAUGUGAAUCCCAAAGCUUAUCCUCUUGCUGAUGCCACUCUCUCCAAAACCAUCCUAGACCUGGUGCAACAAGCGUCCAAUUACAAACAACUGAGAAAAGGAGCAAAUGAAGCCACUAAAACUCUGAAUCGAGGGAUCGCAGAGUUCAUUGUGAUGGCUGCAGAUGCUGAACCUCUGGAGAUCAUCCUGCAUUUGCCUCUGUUGUGCGAGGAUAAGAACGUCCCGUACGUGUUCGUGCGCUCAAAGCAGGCCUUGGGCCGCGCGUGUGGGGUUUCCAGGCCUGUCAUCGCCACCUCAGUCACCAUUAAAGAGGGCUCGCAGCUCAAGCCUCAGAUCCAGUCUGUGCAGAUGGCCAUUGAGAGACUGCUGGUCUGAUGCACUGUAUAAGCUCAUUGGCACAUGUCUGUCUUCUAAGUUGUAGAUUACCACAGAAUUUUUACUAGAAUUAUGUAUGCUAAACUUACAUUUCACCCAUAAAAACAGUUCUGUCAUUUUACAUUCUCAUCAUGAAGGGGUUAUGCUGUUACAAACCCAUAUUACUUUCUAUCUUCCUUUUUUUUUAUUAUUCAAGAGUUCUAGAGCCAAUUAAUGGAUGGGGAUUUUUAGGAGGUCAUGAUUGAGAAGUGCCAAUGGGGGGGAUUUAGCCAGUACACCAGGGUUGCACCCAUACUCUUUACAAGAAGUGUCCUGGGAUUUUUAAUGACCACAGAGAGUCAGGGCCUCAGUUUAAUCCACAGGAUUUUGCAUUUUAACAGUAUAGUGUCCCCCUCACUAUACUGGGACAUUAGUACCUGCACAGACCACAGGGUGAGCACCCCCUGCUGGCCUUCCUAAUGCCUCUUCCAGCAGCAAACUUGUUUUCCCAGGUGGUCUCCCAUCCAAGUACUGGCCAGGCUCAAACCUGCUUAGAUUCAGUGGGCAACUGGUCUUGAGCUACAGGCUGAUAAGGCUGCUGACAAGCAAGUAAAUGAUGACCAAGUUACAUUUUUCAGUUUCUCAAAGGUUUUAAAAUGUUGACCUUAGUACCCAUUUUGCCAUUGGUGAUCAUGUUUAUUUAACUACUUGAUGAAAAUGUUAUUUGCUUAGCCGAAUGCAGUUUGUUUAACAUGAUGAAGCAUGUUUCAAAGGUGUUAUAUCCAAACUUUUACAGACUUUUAAUAAAUGAGAA